CAACUCCGUUCCCACCUCAGUCUCUUGGAAUACCGUCAGACCUCUCCAGAACAGCUUCAGACCUUCUCCACAAUGGCACAAACUCAAGGCCUCAAAGCAUACCUCGCUCGUGCCAGCGUAGCACCCGAAGUCUUCGCCCUCCAACCAGACUAUCGUGCUCUUCUCAUCGCCAUCUCCGGCAUCCCAACCGGACCCAGCGAUGCCUCCAGUGAAGCUAUGCUCGCUUCAGCCGAAAUCUCCGCCCGCUCCGCAAUGGAAAGCCAAGCAGUGACCGACAUCCCUCACGUCGCAGCUUGGAGAGAAGCGUACAAAGCUUUCGGAUCCAAACCCAACAAAUUCCGGAACAGUCUGGAAGCUCUCACUCGAAGGAUCUCAGCUCCAGGAAAGGAACCUGCAACGGGACUGCCGAGGGUGAAUCGUCUGACGGAUAUAUACAAUGCGAUUUCCGUGAAGCAUCAGAUUCCGCUGGGAGGUGAGGAUCUGGAUAAGUAUGAAGGUGCGCCAGUUCUGGUGCGUGCGAAAGGUGAUGAGGUGUUCAAAACUACUGCGGGUGGGGAGACGGUGGAGGAGCAUCCCGACAAGGGAGAGGUGGUGUGGUGUGAUGAUGCGGGUGUGACUUGUCGGAGGUGGAAUUGGAGGCAGGGUCCGCGGACUGCGUUGACGGAUCAGACUACGAAAGUGCUUUUUAUUCUGGAUGCGUUGAAGCCAUGUGAUGAUGAAGCAUUGGCGAAGGCUGGAGAUGAGCUUGUUGAGGCGUUGAAGGAACUUUCUGAUGAGAUCAAGGUGGAGAGGAGGAUUUUGAGGAAGGAAUGAAAGGAUGCUUGCUUUCUGCUUGCAACGGCUACAUCGCAUCCAAGUCAGGCGCUGCUCGUGGCCCGAUUUCAGGUCGCUUCUUCAGCGAAGCAUCGUCUUCUCCACUUUGUAGUCUUCGAACCAGUUUCUCAACAUUGAA